AUGGCGGCGAUGAACCUUGAUCUUGCAGGAGCAACUGGUGGUGAGAUGAUUAAUACCUUGUAUUUGACUUACAAAGCAGCUCAGCAAAUCAGCGAAACUCUUUGGGUCAACGAGAGGGAUGAAGAGCUGAGAUCCUUUUGUGCCAGCCUUAUGGCAUAUUUCAACAUGAUAAAAAGGAGCCUGGGUAUCUUAGACGAUACAAGUGUGCCUGACGAGGAUAAUGGCCUCAUCACCCUGCUGCUGGGACCAAUAAAGCUCAUGUUUCCGACUAGCUCCCUUCAAGUCCCUAUCAAAGACGGGUUGCGAGGAAUAAUACUACUAGGCGAAAACAUCGGUUACGCAAAAAGCGAUCUCGCUAAAUUGAGCGAUGUCUUAUCGGUGGACUUGAAGAAGACCUUCAUAUUACGGAAUGAAUUACUGAAAUCACUGGUCACCUGCGAGGAAGCGCUACGUGAUAGCUACCUCGAAGACCCUUCUCGAUGGGGCGAAGAAGACUUUUCCCCUCAGUUGGUGAUCGCAGAGCUUCCUUACAAUAUUUUGAAUGCCGCUCAAUCAACAUUCGAGGCUAUGGUAGCAUGUACCGAUUGCCCAUGCAAAACAGAGCACGACUUUGGAGCUCGGCUCUAUUUAAGCACCCACCGAAAGCCGCGAGAAUCUAUGCUUCACAGUCAAGAUGAGGAUGUUGUCGAUUUUGAUAUGUUUCUUUCUACGCAUUAUGACUGGCAAGAGGUCCGAGUUCAUGCAACGGGGAAGCAAGGAGUGCCUGAUGCAGUGGGUCUUCAACAUGCCAAGCGGAAGCGAUUGGAGGCCAAAUCGCUCAAGAUAAAGAGGCUCUGUGAGGUAGUAGCAAAUGCCAAGUCAAUGACCGCAUACCGCCUCGAGCUCAAGGUGCUACGGAAUCAACUAUUUCAGCUUUUACCAGAAAUAUGUGAUUCUUCCAUCGACACGUCACAGAACGCAGUUUCUCUGGACUAUAUCCUGAGGCAUACGAGAGGGUCUUUCACCGAGAGGACGAAACGGAUGUUGGCUGUAAUCCUGGCUUCAACGGUAUUUCACCUCUACAACACUCCUUGGCUGCAGCCAACGUGGGGCUUAUCUGAUGUUCUAUUCUUCCACACUUCAUCGUUUACUACCCUUUUCAGGCCAUUUAUCAAUAGUCCCCUCCUGAAUCUUCAAAAUCCUCGUAAUGAGGCUCCUCCCGAAAAUCCCAAAACCGACGACAUGGUAGAUGACACUGAGGCGGACGAUACAGAUGUGGAGGACUUCUUUAAUCAUCCAUGCCCGACCGUCAUCACAUUAGCUUUACUAUUGCUAGAACUAUACUUCGAAACGCCAUUCGAUAUUCUCGUCCAGAAAUUCAACGCUAAGCUAGGAACAAAUACAAAAUCCUCGGCUUUUACUAAAUACUUGGAUGCGAAUCUUGUAUUUCAAGCUUGCAAGGCAGAGAUUCCCUCGAACUCUCAAUUUUACCUGGCAUUAACAAAUUGCUUGGACCCAAAAGUCUGGCAAGACGAACACGGGGAGAUGCUAGACACCUUGACGCUAAGAAAGACGAUUUAUCAGAAAGUCGUACUACCGCUAGAGACGGAACUAAGCCAGGCCUAUAGUUCUAUUCCCAUCGAGGAGCUUGACAAAUUCGCACAGAAGAUAGAUUUUGGGAGUUGGGGACAACCGAAUCAUAACCUGCACGGGAAUUCUCAAGAAUCAGUAACAAGCACACUGAGAGCUACUUCCAUGGACCGUCAACGGUCCUCACCCAUCCCGGGAUACUCAAUUGGGGGCUCCAGGAUUCGAACAAAUAUAGAAGAGCAAGGACUGGAUAUGCACUCUUACCCUCAUUCUGCAUACACUGUCGGCAUCAUUUGUGCACUUCCUCUAGAGCUUCGGGCAGUACGGACGCUUUUUGAUGCAGAACACAACGGGCACACUAAGAUGAAAGGUGACAGCAACACCUAUGCACUUGGUACAAUAGGGCAGCAUAUGAUAGUUGCAGCUUGUCUUCCAUCAGGCGAGUAUGGAACAAACGCGGCUGCUGACGCCGCAUCCAACAUGAGAAGAACUUAUCACGAAGUUGAAUUUUGUCUCUUGGUUGGUAUAGCUGGCGGAGCUCCCUCCCCAGAGGCAGAUAUUCGCCUAGGAGAUGUUGUGGUCAGUCAUCCAACGUCAACAUCCUCGGGUGUUAUCCAAUAUGAUAGAGGCAAAGAGUAUGAAGGAAAUGCCUUUCAGCUCACCGGUAUUCUCCAGGGACCACCGCGGAGCUUGAGGACCGCUAUAAGCGCACUUCGUUCAAAGCCUGAUGCGUCUUCGAGCUCGCUUCAAAUACACCUGGAAAAGAUUGUCCGAUCUAUACCAAGUUCCUCUACGUCAGACUACAGCCACCCUGGACAAGAGAAUGACCAUCUCUUCAAGGCAGUAUGCUCUACCUGCUUUGCACUUCGGGACUGUAUCAACGCAGACAGCCAUAUACAGCGCAGGCCACGCCGUCUAACAGACCUACCAGAAAUACAUUAUGGCCUUAUUGCAUCAGGAAACAGGGUUCUCAAAGACGCCAGUGCACGGGAUCGCUGGGCAAAAGAGCAUGGCAUAUUAUGCUUUGAGAUGGAAGCAGCAGGCGUCAUGAAUAUUCUCCCAUGCCUAGUUAUUCGUGGUAUCUGCGAUUAUGCAGAUGCUUAUAAAAACAAAGCAUGGCAGAAUUACGCAGCAGCAACUGCAGCAGCUUAUGCUAAGCUGUUGCUUUGCCAUACUGCUCCCAGCAGAACAGACUGGGAGGCUGAAAUAGAUGGUUACGAAAGUCCCCCGUAUGUGUAUGUCAGUGGAGAUAGACCGCCAGCAAAGCGCCGAAGAGCUUAG